AUGGGGUUGCAUCGCCAACUCCACAGUUCAACUGUUUUUGACGAAGAGAGGAAGCGCGUGUGGUGGUCGGUUUACUUGCUCGACAGACUCUUCUAUCACUUUCAUGAGAUUUCUGGACGAAAGUUCCUCGUUCAAAGUGCUCUGAAUAGGGAUGAACUUCCCGUCGACGAUGAGCUGUGGAGCAAUCAUACUGGGGUUGGUCCCUGGGAUUUGAAAACUAGGCCGCUGUCCGGCGCGAUGGAGGGAAGUUUUACCGGUUUCGCUCAGCAGAUCCAAGCUGUUUAUUUUCUGGAGCAAGUCCUACAGUCAACUGGAAAUCAUACGCUUUCCAUGAUGAGCAUGACAGACUAUAAUAUCUGGAGAGUUGACUCACUUAUUCGACAAAAUACGCUGGACGUUUUGAAUACCUCCGGAAAGGAUUGGGAGCGAUCAUACAGAGCGAUCGUUAUUCUUCUUUUGGCUCUCAUUGAACUUCAUAAACAGCGCUUAAUGUCCCUUGAUAGCCUCCCCGGCAACUUCGACUCCGUCCGGGAGUCGUCCAUAGCAGCCAUAGAAAGCGCGUUGAAUAUCACCCGUGACAUUACCUCUAUGGAUGACAUUCUCAACGUAAGGAGAAUGCCUUUGGCGGCCGUUCUUCUACUGCAGAAGGCCGGAUCAGUGGCUGUCUGGUUGCAAAUUCACUUCAACCACAUCAAUGAGGUCUUGAAACCACUGACCGAAUCUUUAGAAAGAGCGAGCAACCGAUGGAUGAUCGCAAAGCGGGUUUCGAGUGAACUGUGCACGGCCGGUGGGAUUGUUCGGUCAACGUCGAGUCCCACUUGA